CGAACACCCGCGCAAGCUCGCGGCUAUCGCGGAGGCGGACACGAACCAGCCCUUGAGGCCGUCGAAGUUCGCGCCGAAUACGGCGGCGAGUAGGCUGGGGAAGGGGCCGCCACCGCUGACGAAGCCGCGUGCGCCGACGCUGAGCACUUCCACCGCGGCGAAUGGGACGAGGAGGACGAUGCGCGCAACGAGUGCGCCACCGAAGACGGCGCCAGUGAGACCUCCCGCUAGGCCUACGUCGAGGGCUACCACUACGGCUCGACCGACAACAGCAUCUGCUGCCAACGACGAACGGUUCGACUCCAUACAGCAGCAAAUAUCCAAGAUCGAAGAAGCACGCGCCGCCGACGCCGCCCGCCUCGAUGCCGAACUCGCGCAAGAACGCGCCAAACGAUCCGACCUCCAAGCCUCGCACGAAGCCCUCUCCCGCGAGCUCACCAACGCCAAGACGCAAGAACUUGCACAGCGACAGGAGCUCUUCAUCGCCUCCGACGAACUCAACAGCCUCCGACAGCGACAUGAGCGCGAGAUCUCCGAGCUGCAGGCGGACCUGCGAAGGAAAGACCGCGAACUGCGCGAGCUCAACGAGGACCUUCGCAUGUACCAGUCCGACCUCGAACGCGAGCGCGAGACCGUUCGGGGUCUCAAGGCGACUAUCACCCAGCAGGCGACCGCACAAGUCAGCCUCACCGCGCAGCUGGGCGCACUCCAGGCCGAGAAAGCUGCAGUGCAGGUGGAGUUCGACCGUACUUGCGGAUCGAAAGCGGACCUGGCGUUGCAAUUCGAGCGUGCGCAGAAACGGAUCGCCGAGCUGGAGUGUGAGACGCGCGAGGGCGAGAUGGUGCGGCGCAAGCUGCACAACAUGGUGCAGGAGCUGAAGGGUAACAUCCGCGUGUUUGUGCGCGUGCGGCCGGUGCUGCGCUCCGAUAUAGUCUCGUCGACACUGCACUCGUCGGGCAGCUCAGUGGGCGCCAUCACGGACGGGACGGACAGCCCCGAUCUGCAAGAAGAGGCCAAGCGGCGCGAGGAGGCGAUGGCGCAGCUGGUCUACCCCGACAAGAUGGACCACCGGGAGAUCGUGCUGAAAUCUUCCAGCGAGAGCGCGACUGGGCAGGAGCGCAAGGACGAGUGGCAGUUUGCGUUUGACAGGGUCUUUGAGCCCCAUUCCUCCCAGGCUGAAGUCUUCGAGGAGAUCUCACAACUCGCGCAGAGCUGCACGGAUGGUUACAACGUCUGCGUGUUCGCCUAUGGUCAGACCGGCUCUGGCAAGUCGUUCACGAUGGAAGGCGGUGCUUCUGAGACUAGUGCUGGUAUGAUCCCUCGAGCGGUCGAGCAGGUCUUCAGGGUCGCGGACGAGCUCAAGAGCAAAGGCUGGCAGUACAAGAUGGACGGUCAAUUCCUCGAGAUCUAUAACGAGACAAUCAACGACCUCCUCGGCAAGGGCGAGUUCGAUAAGAAGAAGCACGAGAUCAAGCACGACCCCAAGACCGGGCGCACGACUGUCACCGACGUGAACGUCGUCCCACUCGCGUCCGCCACGCAGGUCCGCACGCUGCUCGCGCUCGCACAGGGCCGGCGCACCGUCGCCGCGACGCUCAUGAACGAGCGCUCCUCGCGCUCGCACUCCGUGUUCACGCUCCGCAUCCGCGGCGAGAACACGCUCACGGGUGAGACGUGCGAGGGCUCGCUGAACCUCGUCGACCUUGCCGGCAGCGAGCGGCUCGAGAAGAGCGGCGCGGGCGGAGACCGGGAGCGACUGAAGGAGACGCAGAACAUCAACAAGAGCUUGAGUGCGCUGGGCGACGUGAUCGCAGCCCUUGGGGAGAAGGGCGAGGGGAAGGGCGAUAAGCACAUCCCGUACCGGAAUUCGAAGUUGACUUUCCUGCUCCAAAACUCGUUGAGCGGGAACUCGAAGACACUUAUGUUCCUCAACUUGUCCCCCCUUGCCACCCAUCUCAACGAGAGUCUCUGCUCUCUGCGUUUCGCGACCAAGGUCAACAACACGACGAUCGGCACUGCCAAGAAGCAGGCCAAGCAGAUCGCAUAG